GGCCCGUUCCUCCCUCUUCCUCCUUCGACACACCACGACUUUCAGCAAUGAGCUUGUAAACAUACCACCGCCGCCCAUCACCAUCACCACCACUCCCCAUCCUUCGCCCUUUCGGCGUCUCCCCCCACACUGGCCGAACUCACCUUCUUCUGCUUCCCUCGCUCGACCAUCCCAUGAUCAUUCCUGCAGAAGGCGACUUUCGGGCUCGUGGCCUCGUCAAAGUCGUUGUCGACCCUUCACCCCCGAGCAACUCGUCUGGAUUCGAACCAGUCCAGCGCAGUGCUUCAACAGGACCCCGGAAGCACGUCCAGGACGAGUGGGUGACAGGAUGGGCCAGCCUGGACCCAACGUACGAGUACCCUCUUCUCGACGACAGAAGGCUAGAUGGGCGUGUCCGCUUUAGCUUUUGUCCAAACGAUGACUCCGCAGCCCUCACAUCCUUUCGGCGCCAAUCUCAGAUCAAGGCUCUCGAUACCGUACCCUACAAGCUGGAGCGCCCCGGCGUCGCCUCUUCCCCAACCCUCUUACCCGGGCACGACGAGGGCUUUCCUCGACGGUAUCGCCCUCCAAGCCAUGUCAUCGCAUGGUGGGAGGAUGAUUUGGGCUAUUGGCUAGUCGAGGAGAGCCCAGGGACGACAAGCGCAUCAUUCACGGACGCAUGGAGCAAGAUUGUUGGUGCCGAUUGGCCACAGUUUGCUGCGACGAGCAAUGGGGAUGCCGUGACGUCCACUGCACUCUCACCAUCAGAACCAUCCAUGCUGCGUUGGGCCGACGCAUGUGAUCUUCUCCUCCAGACGGUCGUCUGUCUUCAAGCAUUGCAUGACCGGCAUAUCUCGCUCAACUGGUGCCAUCCGAAUGUGUUUGGCAUCAGCUACACAGGGACAGUCGUUGUCAACCGCCUCUGGGAGGCAACAGCACUUCCUGGCUUGCAAGUCGGCACCCAACUUACGCAGAUCCUUUCCCAAUCACCCCUGUUCACCCGUGACCCAAUCCACCACAACUCGACCUACCUCAGCGAAAGCUACAUUUUCCGUCACCUCCGCUACCUCGCACCUGAGGCUGCCAUUUCCAGGCGAGUAUCUGCAAGCAAUGACAUCUACAGCUGGGGCGUGCUUGCCUAUGAGCUCCUCACCGGCACGACUGUGGACGGCGGACCUGACUCGCCCGAUCUCACAGACAUCGACUUUCUCGCAGAUGUCCAUCGACACAUCACCAAUGAGAUUAUUCCCCCACACGAUUACCUUCAGCGCGUUGUCGCGCUGGGUGCCACUGUUGAGCCACCACCAAGACAGCUCUCCGAUAUCAUCAUGCUGGCGCUCGCUAAGGACCCAGAAGAUCGCUACCAAAAUUUAGACACGCUCGCCUACGAUCUGCGCAAGCUUUCGCAGAUUUGCCGUGCCAACGGCGAUCUCGCAAAGUUUGCUGUUGGAGAAGUCGACCAUAUGAGCCGUUUCAGCCUCCCUGCUACUGUCAUUGAGCGGAACGCAGAGCUUGAGGCUCUCGACGUCGCCUUCGCCGCUGUUGCCAACGGGAACGCAUCAAGUCGCGUGUUGAACAUUUGGGGACAAAGCGGGAAUGGCAAGUCGCGGUUAGUGGACGAAUGGUCUGCCAAGCUCGAAGCGGACGAUUUUGGCACCAAAUGCCUUGUGGGGCAUGCCAAGCCUGAUGAACACAUCCGCAAGCCUCUCACGAGCUUCGUGCAGAUCUUCCAAUCACUUCUGGACCGAGUGUUGACAGAUCCACGAGAGGACGGCAAGGAGUGGCUUGACCGGAUCAAAACGGCACUGGCAGGACGGUGGCCCUUCUUUGUGUCGCUGUUGUCUGUGGAAUCCCGACGGCUGUUGAAUGAGGAGGAUGCUGUUUCAUUGACCCCCAAGAUAGAGGGAGAGAAGUUCAUUUCGGCUUUCAAAUCUUGGUCGAGGCAGUUCCUGCAGCUGUUUGCGACCAAGUUGCGGCCGCUGGUGCUUGUAAUUGACGAUACCCAGUGGCUCUCGCAGAGUGAGGUGGACAUAUGGCGACAAAUAAUCGACGGCCCAUACCCUUUGAAUCAUGUUGUGAUCGUGACAAUGACGAGAACCACAUCUUCGGUGGCCCCACCCGCCAACUCUCUAUUCUCUGCCAGCUCAACGAGUCUCGCAGUUCAGCGUCUGACAGAAGAGGGGGUUGUCUCAUACAUCGACACGUGCCUGAACGGACGCGUUGCAGCUUCGGGGCAAGCAAUAGCAAGCUUCCUUUACGGAGAGACUGGAGGGAGUCCUCUGUUUUUGCGAACACUCAUGUCGACACUCCUUAAGGAGCAGGUUGUCGCAUUUGACUUUGACAGUUUGCAAUGGCGCUUCGACCUCGUGACGCUGCAAUCCCACCUGUCGGAUGCCAACUUCGACUCGUACCUCGAGAACGUCAUGCGUAGAUUGCCGCCCGACGUGCAGGAGCUGCUAAAAAUCUUAUCUUAUCUUCCGUCGGCCGGAUUUCCCCUGAGCAAGCUAUCGCAAGGUCUGGGCAAGCCCGUGCGAGACUUGGAAAGCCUCAUGCAGGUGUGCGCGGUGAUAGGGAUAUUGUCUCUGCAACCAGAUCACUUCCGGUUCACACAUGAGCGCCAAAGGCAAGCGGCACAGCGCCUCAUCCUCAACACGGAGGGCGUCGCGAUGCAGCGGCGCGUAUUCCAUUUCCUCACUCGCGAGGACCUUGUCAACGAUUACUUGUACGACGCGGUUGAGCUCGCUGUGGCAGCCCAUUCCGCCGGCUUCGAAGUUGCACCGCCAGACGUGGUUGUGACUCUUCUCCUGGACGCAACCGCACGAGCGACGCAUCACGCCAACUUUACGGCGGCUCGCCAUUUCGUGAACAGUGCAGCAGAUAUCAUCGAUAAGUCUGACGGGCUGAAGUGCUGGCUCAAGAAGCACCGCGGGCUAUGCUUCAGAUACGUACGACUCUCUGCAGAGGUAUCGAGCGUCUUUCAUGAUCACGCCGCGACAUUCGCUGCGCUGGACACCAUCAAGCCGCUAUGCGAGACGUCAACUGAAAGCAUCUCUCUCGCCACACUUCUCGUCAGACAGCUUGUCGCGGCGAAUCGCACGCAAGAGGCAAUGGACGUGCUUUUCCAGACGCUGGACGAGUUUGGGUAUAACCCGGAUAACCCACAGGUCGUCAAACUUUGGCAACCCGAGUCGGUUGAAGAUGUCGAGCAGUUUGAGAAGGAGCUUAGAAGCGCGCCGGUCCUCGGUGGAAGUGACAGUGAGGACGAUCACGUUCUCAUCAUGUCCCUCAUUGGUUACGCUGGCCCGACAAUCUAUAUCACGCAGCCUGAGCGUCGCGCCUCCGUGUUCGGACUUGGCUUGAGUGUUGCCAAGGAACUCGGCAAGUUGCACGAUUCCACAGCUUACGUUCUCGCCAUCCACUCCGUCUGCAUUACGCAGGCGCCGAUCCAGAAUGCGCUUCGGGGGCUGGCGUUGCGGAUCACGGAGAUGCGGCCUAACAGACUUCUCACCAACUCGACCCUGAUAGUCCUCGGCGCGCAAUCGCAUUGCUUUAUGGGUCUCGAGCGAGUUCAAGACGUCAUGACCUCUGCGUUCGACGGCUCCGUUGCUCUCGCCGAUUACGAGGUAGCCGCUUACGUUGUCGCGCUCGAUCUCAUCGCCAGGCUGUUCGCCAAGGUCCCGGUCGCGUGGGAAGUGGUUACACGGCGGUGGGAGCUCGUCAAGCCGUACGCAACGACUUCGCAUCAUCUCCUCGUCAAUCUGCCUCACCAGUACGCUGAAUGUCUAGCGAGGCCGAAGCAGCGCGCCCCGUGGGACAUGGACGGCGUUUUCUUUAGCCGCAGCGACUUCAAUUCCGUGCGGAACUUGAGGAUGCACGUUGGCACCUACGACGUCCUGACGCUACGACUCCAAUUGCUCUACGACGCCCCACCCGAGCUCAUCCUCCAGACGCUCAACAGAGGUCGAAAGACCAUUCCCUCGAACGAGGGCGUUGCCACUGGAAGCGAGAUGCACUGGCUUCUCGCACUGGCCGCGCUGCGGACCGGCACCAAUCUUGAUCUACUGGACUCGGGGCGCGAGUUUCUCGCGACGUACGCGCCGUACUCUCCGGACCUCAAUGCGCGGCUCGAGCUCCUCAACACGUACGAGCGGCUCAGUAAGGACCCAUUUGAGGCGCUGAAGGACGCGGAAGCGACAAUCGAGCACUUCGAGGACAAUGAUCAAAUGCUUCUGUCCGGCCUGCUCAACUUCUACACCGCCGACUUGCUCAUCAAGCGUACAGGUUCGCCCAAGCUUGCCGCUGGUUUCAUUCGCGCAGCCUUCACCGCCUAUAAGCUUUACCAAGCCGCAGGUUUGUGCGAGAUGCUGCGCGACCGCUACCCACUGCAUUGCCCGUCAACUCCCGUCGCUCCUCGUGGCCCUACAGAUUUCCUCAACGCCGAUGCGGUGCCGCCCCCGUUGCGACGCGAGUCCGUGUCCGUCUCGGUCUCGGCAUUGACAAACAGCGAUUCGACGGUGAUCUCCAAGAUCAAUGACGACCCCACCACUCCGAACGCGUCAAGUCCCUUCACGGAUAACAAUCUUGACACUCUUGCACUGAUGCGCUCGUCACUCGCCCUGGCGCAGGAGAAGGACUCGCUUGUCUUGCUCUGCACCCUGCUGCGCAUAUUAUGCCAGUUUGCUCGUUGCGAUUAUGCGGCUAUCGGCCUCAGCGACGAGGACGAUAAGUCGACGCUUCGUCUCAAGGCCGCCGGCCCCUUCCAGCGCAUUACGUCUUAUGAUCUGGAUGCCAGCGACGAUGCCGCGCAGACAGUGUGUCCGACAUCGGUUAUGUUGCACGUUGCCCGCACAGGCAUUCCCAUUACGAAGCCGGCCAAGGCGUCUCGCUUGCGCAACGACCCCUUCUACAACGGACGCCAGCCACGCACAUUGUUGUGUCUCCCCAUCAUCAACCAGGGUGGCCAGUCUGGUGUGAUCCUCCUGCUGUCUAUGUCGUCAACUAGUGCCGCCGUGCAAUCUGAGUCGGCCCGCGAGGUGGUCUCAACGCUUGCGACAUUCGCGCACAUCAUCCACACGCAUCACGUCUACACUUCGCGACUCAAAACUGAAGUUACGAUGCGCACGCGUGAGCUCAGUAACGCUCUACAGGCGAAGACCCAGUUCCUGUCACAGUGCUCGCAUGAGCUGCGCUCGCCACUGGCCGCGAUCAUGGGUUUGGCAAGUGUCUUGGAGACCAGCUCAGGCCUAACUGCGGUGCAACACGAACAUUUGCAGACCAUCAUCGCCAGUGGGCAGGAUCUACUCGCUCUCAUCUCGAACAUCCUCGACCACUCAAAGCUGGAGUCCAACUCGGUGCAGCUGGAGAGCAUCCCGUUCUCUGUCCGCGAGGUGGUUGAGGGCGCGCUCGACAUCAUCGCACCUGUAGCUCAGAGCAAAAACGUUGAGCUUACCGUGCUCACUACGCUGAAAUCGGACCCCCCAGGCGUGAUUGGCGACCCGUUCCGCGUUAAGCAAGUGCUUCUUAACUUGCUAUCCAACGCGGUAAAGUUCACACCACCGGGCCAAGCCGGUCGGCGCACUGCACGUGUGACUGUCGAUCGAACAUGGGAGGAUCUUGGCGAUGGGCGCAUUAAGGUGGCAUUGACCGUCGCAGACACUGGUGUUGGCAUUCCAGCUUCUAAACUUCACAAGCUCUUUAAGAGUUUCUCGCAGGUCGACGAAUCCAUCACCAGAUCUUAUGGCGGUUCGGGCUUGGGCCUCGUUAUCUCACGUGACCUUGCGAGGCUCCUCGGCGGCGACUGCACUGUUGAAUCCGAGUUCGGGAAAGGCUCGACUUUCACAUUUACGUUUGUCGCCCAGCAAGAUCCUUCUUGGCAACCAACCAAACUGCGUCGUUUCGAGACGACGCAGGAUGUGUUCAUUCUCUCUGGUGGCGACAUGAUGUGGGGCCAUGUGCUCGAGGAGGAUUUGAAGGAGUUCAACUGCCGACCGACGUGGUUCACAGAACCUCUCCCUGCCGCUCUGACCCCUGGGCACCCGCUGGGUUUCAACAGCGGAAGGUACUACCAAGGUAUCAUCCUUGACACGAGCCUGAUCGAACCAGAGACGCUCGACGAGAUCAAGAAGCUGCAGCCAAACGCUAAAAUCAUUUACGUGGCUAAAGCAACCGAGAUCUCUCGCGAAAUGGAACGAUUGAGCUUCGGACGUGAUGAAAUCCUGGCGCGCCCACUCAAGUUCAAGAGCCUGUACAACAUGAUCAUCCCGCCGCCCGAUAACAAGAAGAAAAGGACAGCGCCACGGUCUAAGCAUAAGAUCAACCGAAACCUCGCGACGGAGAAGCCGCUCGAGGUCCUUGUUGUCGAUGACUCGCCCGUCAAUGUGGCCGUGUGUCGCCGUAUCCUUGAGCUCUACGGCUACAAGGAGGUAGAUGCUGCGAGCGACGGCAUGCAAGCUGUCGAAAUGGCGGAGAAGCACCGGUACGACCUUAUCCUGCUGGAUCUGCAAAUGCCCAUCCUCGACGGGUUUGGAGCUCUCAAGCGCAUUCGCGACAGCCCACUCGCCGGUGAGCCGUGCGUGGCGUCCCUCAGCGCCAACGUCGACAAGGCGACACAGAACCGCUGCACGGAUGCAGGCUUCUUUGCGGUUCUUUGCAAGCCCGUCGACAUCCCGCGCCUGGGCGAGCUGCUCGAGGAGGUGUGGGAGACACGCCAGAAAGCGCUCCAGUGAGCCAUGUAGAACUGUUGGGAACGACCUUCAAAUAUGCCCAUCAAUACAGUCGACUAGACUAUCACCACUACACAUUUCAU